CUCUUACAUAGCGCAGGUCCUCACUAUGAGUCAGUUGGAUAAGGCCCUCGACAGCACAUUGAAAUCGAUUGAAUCAUCAAUCGGCGCUCUCCAUCCUCUCAGCUCCCUCACCACCAUUGCUGAUGAUACCCCUUCUUCUCCCAUACGAGGACUCGCGUCAUCGUUCACUGCCUUGCUACAGCAGUUACGUCAGACGACUACAGCCUUAUCUCUGUCUUUCAAACCACCAGUAUCUCAGGAGGCAGCCAUUGCAAAGCUUCAGUCACUCGACCAACAAUAUGGCCAGUUGGCUUCCUGUGUCGUUCUAGCCAAUAAUGGUGGCAGCGGCUCCAGGCCGUAUUACAUGGUCCAAGAGUGGCGAGAAGGGACAGUAGAGAUAGGGAAUCAUCUUCUGGGUCUCAUCAAGUCUCUCUCACACGUCGAAGCCAAACCUGGAUCAUCCAGCUCGUCAGAUGAGAAUCCAUACCUCGUCAGAACCGGAAUGGUCUGGGAGGCCAUUGACGCCACACUGGCCCAUUGCAGUGAGAACGAAGUCCAAGCGGUCGGAAAGGUAUGGAAACGGCAGAAUGACCUGUUGAAAGAUGCCUGGGAAGAAUUCAAGGAGGUCUUGGAAGAUGGGAAUGCUGCAGAUGAAGAGGACGGUCUGGAUGAUUUCGAAGAUGAUUCAGAGGCCAUCUUUGGCAAGAUGGAUUCAACGUUCACUGCAGCCGACCGGGCGAGAGCAGAGGCAGCCAAACCGCUUCUGGCUUUACACCUUCUUUUACAUUCCACGGUUCCCAGGUAUCUGCCACAAUUCGACACAUCAGUACCCUACACCUCUCUGGUAGCCGCAGGGGACCAGCUCGCAUCUGCCUUUGAUGACACUGUAUCGGCCAUCGCUCCGCCGCAAGACAAGGACAGUAUGGACGAGUCCUUGAACGCGCUCGCAGACGCCUCCGCUUGCUUGAUCGAUACCAUUAAGGAGCGCUCAUCUGGAGACCCUUGCGUGACCUUCCUCGACAAGUGGGCGAAUAAAUUUGCCCAAGAGUCCCAAGCAUUCCGUGAUCAUUCAUUGUCUUUACGUAGUCUGCGCAACGCAUUAGAGUGACCAACAUCGCGAAA